CCGAUCUCGUGUAUCUCAUCCUCCUCAGCCUCUCUCUCCUCUUUCUCUCUCUAAAACACCUGUUUUUGCCUCCUUUUUUUCUUUUUCUUUUUCUUUUUUUUUUUUUUUUUUUUUUUUUUUUUUUCCUUUUCUUUUUGUGUGUUCCAACAAUAUCAUCAUCAUCGUCAUCCAACAAAAUACAGGAGAGCCAGCCAAGCCAUGGCAGCCUGUGGAAGCCUUCAACACAUCUUUGAGAAACCAUUGCCCGAGAAUCCAACACUUCUUGAUUCUCUCACAUCAUGGAAUCAGAUUAAAUCUAUGAAACCCCUUGAAGACUCUUCUUUUACAGAGAUCUUUGGUGAACUGCAUUUCAAAGAAAAACCACACUCUUCCUCUUCAUCCUCCUCUUCCCUUCCUCUUUCCUCUCCAUCAUUCCUCAUAGAUUUCAACCCGCAACCAAACGGACUCGAAAACCUCCUCAAGAACAAUCAUAACAACAACAACAACAAUGGAGGGAACAAGAGUCCAUCAUUUGAUUAUUCUCCAACAACCCAUCAAAAACAAUACCUGGGGUCUCCCAGGAACAUCAACAGCUAUUCAUCCAUGAAUUCGGAGAGUUUGCAGCUAUGCACGGAAGGUCUCGGGUUCGAGAGCUCUGGUGAUGUUGAGGACUUGAAGAGUGACGUGAAUGAUGAUUGGCUUAAUCAAGAGGAGAGAAGAGCCACCACCACCACCACCAAGCAUACGCCGCCACCGCCGCCAUCCGAAUAUUUGUGUGGAGAGUUGAGGAGGUCAAGGAUGAGUGGAGGAGCAUUUCCUCCACCUAUUUCUUGUAUUGGCAAGACCGGGAAGCCUUGGGUGUGCUUCAAGUCUUAUCGGCAAGAGGGCCGGUUCGUGCUCAAGGAGGUAAGGAUCCCGACACAGGAGUUCCUGCAUGCAUGCCGGGAAGAUGGCCGGUUGAAGCUGCGGUUCGUGCAUUCGGACGAUGAGAUUCUUGAAGAUAAGGAGGAAGAAGACGAAGAAGAGCAAGAUGAGGAACAAAGAAAUGAAGAAAUAGAUGGUGGUAGUAUUGACGAGGAUUAUAGGGAAAGUGGGAAGAAGGAAAAUGAGAUUGUUGAGAUCAAUAGAGGUGUGACGUUGGAGGCAACUCUUGACAAAUAGAAUGGAAGAAGAAAAAAAAAUCAGGGUUUGAUUGAUUUUGCAUGCCUGAGUUGCAAAAAGAUUUCAAGUUCUUGUUUUCAUUUUCCAAUUAGAAAAUAGUUUAAAAAAAAAAAAAAAAAAAAAAAGGGAGAAGAAUUUGACUCUGAUGUUUUAGAACAAUCUCAAAUAAUUAAGAACACUUCCAAAUAAUUUCUUUCGUUUUGCCAAGUAGUUUUAGAGCAGAUUAAAUUUAUAGUAUUUACAAAGCAUUGUCUUCUUGUGCCUUUUAAUAGUGCUGGGUAGGGUUUUCACCCUUUUCGUUUU